AAGGCAGGAAGGAAGGAAGGUAGGAAGGUUUGAGCCCGGGACGAGGACUCGACGAGCUCCUUCCUCGACGACGAACCCGGGAGUACGCAAAGUCAUUCAUCCUGCGCGCGAUUCGCUUGCGAUUUCCAACGAAAAACGUAACGUGCCUUCAUUCGCGAGCUGCGAGCCUCCGCUUCCAUCAUCGGUGAACACGACGGACAAUGACGUGAAACCACGAGGCGCUCGUAUCAACCCUGAGCCUGUCGUGCUUUUCUGAUGCUAUCUUCAACAACAUUCAAGUGCAUCAACUUGCUUCUCCCGGCAUUAAGUUUCGCCGAUGAUCGUACAAAUACCUAAACAUUUGACAUAUAGAUACGAGGAAGCGCUUCAGAGGACGAUAAAAAUUGUUGAUUGUCAACGGAAAUAACGCAUUUCAUUAACAUUCUGACAGAAAAUACCGUCGAUGAUACCGGACAGAAUAUGCGAGGACGACGAGUGGUUCGCGGUGUGGACGUCCUUGGCAGUGUGGUGAUCGAUCGAGGAUGUCAGUGAUCGACGAAAUUGACGUGACGGCAACUGUCAACGGGGGAGGAACAUCGCGACACGGAUAACCGCGCUCGAGGAACGAUCACGAAACGGCGGCGGUAGCGUUUCGUCGCGAGUGCUAAAGUAUCUUAUCGCGUGCGAGGCUGCUGGCCGGUGACGAGAUAUCGACCGUAGCCGCCAAAUUAAUCGUCGAAGGUCGCGAGCACCGCCUCGCUCCUUCAUCGUUCUUCCUUCGACCCGAUCGGCUAUCCGAUGCUCUUCAAUAAAUGAUAUCCGCAAAGGGCCAGCCGAUAACCGACAACCAUGAUCGGACAUGGAUCCUCGAGGGAUACCUGUCGACCUACCAAUCGCGCGAGAUCACGAGCGCCUUCGUUGAAGCGAAGCCUCCUCGUUUCCUCGAAUCGGAUCCAAGUUAUCUCAAGUCAACCGUGAUGACAUAAAUCAAACGAUUCUAUAAUAAUAACGAAUUUUGUUAAAACAUCACAUCAUCGUAAAUAACCUGGCGAUAAAUGCAACUUGUAAAUGAAGAAAAAAGUGGAAAGGUGAAACUGUCUUCAAGCGUAUUCAUCUUCUUUAAAUAUUUCUCUCCUCGAAACUCCCAAUAAAAAUCAGUCGUUAUCCUGUGUGACGUGCUUCGUUGACGCGACUUUAUUGAAGCCGCAAUCGUUAAAAUCGAUCGUUACAAUUAUUGUAUCGUUAAAGAAACCGAUUUCUACGUGGGAAUAUAAAAUAAAAAAUUAUAAAAUUGUUACAUAUAUAUAUGAAUAAUCGAUUGUUCUCGAGGUAAACUAUUGUUAAAGUUUCUCGUGUUUCGACGAUAGUGUGUUUGCGCUUCUUCAUCUCUCCAGUCGGUCGUACAGAUCGAACUCGCGCCGGGUCUAAGAACUUCGACCGCUACGCUCCCUCGCUGUUUCGAGGCUGCGCGUGAAGGAAACGCGUGGUUGAAUCGAAGCGACCCUCUCCGAACGAGACCCACUGACCUAUCGACUCGGCAGGCUGCCACUCGAGGCCGCCCCAACUACCCCUGUUUCAUACUUUCCUCCCUGAUGUUUGUUAUUGCUCCUUCCUUCUUGAUCCGAAUCUCGAUUUCACCUGUUUUUGGUAUAAAAAAAUCACUCGCUUUGUUUACGGGAAUGCAAAUGACGCUUCUUCCCUUAAAUGCCUGAAGUUAAAAAUGGUGAUUUCGAAAAUUUCCCUUAAUGUACAGUGAUACUGAACGAUCUUCCGGAAACCGUCUUUCUUAAACUUCGACAUCACAUUCACAUUCUGUCUUUAUCUUUUAAAGUGGGCAAAUUGAUUAAAUCUCGAAGAUGAAUCAAAACAAAUGUUUGGUCGCAUUUGUCGAAAAAUCGAUCGAAGACACAUAUAUCGAGAGCGAAAUUCUCUCCGACAUUGGCGCGUUAUGUCGAAAUAUUGUAAAAGCGUGGCGCACCGAUACAAGCCGUUAAUGACAAUCUAAAUGAACGCAAGAAGAUAGAAGGCCAUUAUCUCGCCAAUAUAAAUAUCAAUCAAACACAAGCGACAACGAAAGAUUAAGAAGCGCAAAAAUUGUACGGAAUAUCGGGCGCUUCAAGAAGAAAGACGCUUUAGAGAGAUCUUCCUUGAAAUGUUCAGAGGAUGAUUUCAACAGUUACAAAUAGAUGUAAAUAAAUCGACACUAAUCUGCAAUAAAUACGCAAAUAUCUAUAUAUGACAAGAAUAUAAUGGGAUAGAAGCUCAAAGCACUUUGUACUUCUCGAGCAAUAUAGAAAGUGACUGACUAUUUAGACAGUUCAUUCAUUUUUAUCUUGUCGCUGGCCUUGACGCAACGCAACAACAAGGAGGCUGUCAUCAACAAUUAUCACGUAGAAAUGCUAUAAUCCGUAUUUUUGCUGAAAGCAAAUUUCUGCGCGAAAAAUGGCUGAAAGCGCUGCGAGUCCGGGCACUGUACACGUCGCUGCAAACAGUCCACAGCAGCAGCAGCAGCAGCAACAACAGCAAACACAACAACAACAACCGCAACAACAACAACAAACACAACAACCUCCGGAUAUAAGCAGUUCGCAAUUGACGUCACCACCAAUCACAGGAACAGCCCAGAUCGAGAUAAUCCCGUGCAAGGUGUGCGGGGACAAGAGCAGCGGCGUGCAUUACGGCGUGAUCACCUGCGAGGGCUGCAAGGGCUUUUUCAGGCGGUCGCAGUCGUCGGUCGUCAACUAUCAAUGUCCGCGGAACAAGAAUUGUGUGGUCGACCGUGUAAACAGAAACCGGUGCCAGUACUGUCGGUUGCAAAAGUGCCUACGCCUCGGCAUGUCAAGAGAUGCUGUUAAAUUUGGGCGCAUGUCGAAGAAACAACGGGAGAAGGUCGAAGAUGAAGUUAGAUUCCACAGGGCACAAAUGAGGGCGGCCUCGGAGACGGCGCCGGACAGCAGUGUGUUCGAGCAUCAGACACCAAGCAGUUCGGAUCAACACCAUCCCUAUAAUGGCGGGUACACGUAUGGUGGUAGCGAAUACACGUCGUCAGGUCCCGGCACCGGCGGUUACACGAAUUAUAAUCACCAGGCGAUGACGAAUUACGAGCUUAGCGCUGAUUACGUCGACAGCACGACGACCUACGAUCCCAGGCCGACGCAGACACAGGUCGCGGAUACUGUCGCUCCCGACACACCUUCAGCCGUCACAGCGACCGGGGUGCUCCCCAGCGUAGUCACCACCGGGAAGUCUCUCUCCGCCUCGACGACCGGGAGCGGCGCGGGGGGUGGCGGUACCGGCAAUGGCAACGGCAGCGGCAGUAGUGGUGGUGGUGGUAACGGUGGUGGCGGUACUGGUAGCGGUAGUAAUAGUGGUAACGCCGGUGGUAGCGGUUCCGCCGCGGCCGCCGGAGGGGCUGCUGGUGGCGGCAGCGGUUCGCUAAGCGGUGGCGGAAUCGUCGCCGUAAAGCAAGAGACCACGGUCGAGCUCGCCGGCCUGGGCCAUGGCUCGUACACGAUGGUCGACUCGACGACCUUCCUAAGCGGCCAACAGCAAAGGGUCAGCAACCCAUCCGAGGACGACGAAGUGCCGAGUCUGCCCAGUAUGUCCCAUGCGAUGAGAUAUCCGGCACAGAUCAGCGAGCUUCUCUCGAAAACGAUAGCGGACGCGCACGCAAGGACGUGCCUGGUAUCUACGGAACAGAUCCAGGAGUCCUUCCGGAAGCCCACCGACAUCUCCAGAAUGAUCUAUUAUAAAAACAUGGCGCACGAGCAACUCUGGUUGGAGUGUGCCCAGAAACUAACCACCGUCAUCCAGCAGAUCAUCGAGUUCGCCAAAAUGGUCCCUGGAUUUAUGAAGCUCUCGCAAGACGACCAGAUCGUUUUAUUAAAGGCCGGUUCCUUCGAGUUGGCUGUGCUACGAAUGAGCAGGUACCUCGAUCUCCAGCAAAACUGCGUUCUAUACGGCGAUACCUUGCUGCCGCAGGAGUCAUUUUAUACGACGGAUACGGCGGAAAUGAAGCUUAUUUCCUGUGUAUUCGAGCUGGCCAGAAGUAUCGCCGAACUGAAGCUUACUGAAACCGAGUUGGCACUCUAUAGCGCGGCUGUUCUACUUAGCCCUGAUCGACCGGGACUAAAGUGCCUGGGGGACAUCAAUAGGCUGUCACAGGCGGUGAUCAGAGCGUUGAGGUCAGAACUUGAUCGGAAUCACGUGACACCGAUCAAGGGCGAUGUGACUGUGUGCGAUGCGAUCCUCGCCAAGAUACCGCAGCUACGGGAGAUCUCGCUACUGCACAUGGAUGCGCUGGCUAAAUUCAAGCGGUCGCAGCCGCACCUCGAGUUUCCGGCCCUCCACAAGGAGCUCUUCAGCGUCGACAGCUGAACGAGCGAUGCGGCGCGGAGUGUCAUCCCGGCGCUGCCGAGUGGACAGGAGCGCGAGUAGCGUCGCGGAUCUUGCUCGGUCAAGAUAAUUUCCUUCGUAAUGAACGUAUUGGGCCUUAAAUAAACAUAAAACAUUGUUAUAUAUAAAGUAUACAUAAAAAGCAACAUAAAGUAUAUACAGAAGAAAUAUAUAUAUAUAUAUAUAUAAAUAUAAAUAUAUAAAUAUAUACAUAGUGUGGAUGCGUAUGUGUAUACGCGCGCGCGAUACGUCUUACCGACGCAAAGGUGUAUACACAUACGCACAUGUCGUUAUAAGAUUAUAUUAUAUAGACAAAGAAAAAAAUCGCGAAUGCGUGCGAAGCGAACGAGCGAGCGAGCGAGCGAAAGCGAGAGAAUGUGCGUGUGUAAGCGAGAAUUGGACGAGCGAAAAUACGAGUGAAAAUGAAAGAGAGUGAGAGAACUGAGAUAUCGGUUGUUACGAUACAUACAUAAAGUAUAUAUUGUAUUAAUUAAAAAAAAAAAUAGUGAAAGAGCGAGGAGAAAGGGGAAGAGGAACGGUGAUUAACCAAGUCCUGCUUAGACGGUCCUAGGACGAGAUAAUAUAAUAUAAUACUAUAAUCAAGAAUUGGCAUUUUUUUUUAUGAGAAGAAAAUCUCGAUCGGUCCGCUCGUGCAACAUAGAGACCGAUAUUAUCACACCGUCGAACAGAGAGAAUUCGAGAGCGAGCAAACCCAGCGAAUAGCGUCGGCGAAGGGUAGAGUUUAUAUUGCUGAGGGCGAGGAAUCGUGGAACCGCGUCAAAGUUGGGUGUAAUUAAGCGCGAUAAUGGCGAUAAUGAGCAUGUUUUUAUCACGUUUUAGAAUUUCUUCUUCCAACUUUUACUCAAUCAUCUCUCACGUUCCAACUUUAUCUCGCCGUCGUUAUUAAUUGCUAUAUUUGCAUCUUGAUCGUCAAUCACGGACAAAGAGUAAAAUUUAGUACAAAAGAAAUUUACGCGUGAUUAUAUUAAUGAUAAAAUAUAGAUACGUGAUAAUGACAUGUAAAAAAUAAAUUUUGUAAUAAAUGAAACGUUAACAAUUAAGAAAUGUGAUGAAAACUAUCAACGUUAUAAAAGAAAGAAAUUUAGGAACGAGCAAGAAGAGAGGGACAAGGAAUUUAAAAGCAAAUUAUAAAAGUCGAAAGUGUGAUGAAUCGAUAACAUGAAAUUAAAAGUAUUUUAGAAACUGAUAAAAAAACAUGAUCACAUCAAUCGUCAUUAUUGUGGUCAACUUGUACGAGCUGUGAGAUGAUCAAAGUUUCUUCUUUCCGCUCGUAUAGCCGGUAAAGGACGCGUCACUUCGCUAAAUAUUCAAAUAAGUUUUACCAAGUGAAGAGAUAUGAUUAAAGAAGCAAGUAUAAAGCACCGUCUUCUAUUUAAAGAUACAACAAAACUAGCUCUAGAGAUACCCUCUUAAUCACGAUUAAUCUUAACACGUAUUACAUCAUCGAUUCGAUACUUGAAAUUUCUUUUGCCUUAGCAAGAAUAUUCGAAUAAACGCGUCCUUAGCUUAAAUGCAAGAAUCUCGGCAGCGGUUACGCGUUCCGCCGUCGUCGCGACUUCGAGUAGUGAUUCGAGUAUAGAGUUCUCAGCUACUUUAUAUAUAUAUAGCAUAAAUACAUAUAUAUAAAUAAAAAAAAAUAUAUAUAAAUUAAUAAAUAUAUAAAUAUAAAUAAAUAAAUAUAUAUAUAUAUAUAAACACUAUACAUAUGGGAGUAUAUUUCGAGGAGCGGAAUGAUCGAGAUUCGAUGGUCUUCGCGAUUAAUAAGUACGAUGAGCGUUAGAGACAGAGAUUCUUCGUCCCUGGACCAACUCGGCCGGAUUACACGGAUAACGAUGACACAUAACACGCUCACGAGAAUCCAUACACAUACAUACGCAGAGACAGACAAAGAGAACGAAAGGGAGUGAAAGAGAGAAAGAAAGAGAAUGAAAGUGAGAGCGAGAGAAAAAUAUUAUAUGAAUUGUGACGCGCGGAUGCAACUUUCACGGAUGCAGGCGUAGAUAGAGCUAAUCGAACGCAUUAUGCGCGCGCAUUAAAAACGUUUUUGGUACUGUACGGCACUUGUAUGACGCGUCUCUUUAUACGUAAAUCGUAUACUUCUUAUGGAUAAAAACAAAAAAAAAAAAAAAA